AUGGUCUUACUUCGUUCUACACCCCUUCUUGCUCGAACAGCUCUGCGCUCUUCUCGACCAUUAGCGUUCGGUAUGGGAUCAGCUAUGAGAGGUUACGCUACUCCCGCAGGAAUCGAGAGGAUCAAAGUCAAGAACCCGGUAGUUGAAAUUGAUGGUGAUGAGAUGACCAGGAUCAUUUGGAAGAAAAUUAGAGAGGAGCUCAUUUUACCUUAUGUCGACGUUGAUUUGAAGUACUAUGAUCUGGGUAUGGAGAACAGAGACGCUACAAACGAUCAAGUAACAGUUGAUUCAGCCGAAGCUAUCAAGAAGUAUUCCGUCGGAGUAAAAUGUGCUACCAUCACUCCUGAUGAAGCCAGAGUGAAGGAAUUCAACCUCAAAGAAAUGUGGAGAAGUCCAAACGGAACUAUUCGAAAUAUCCUGGGUGGUACUGUAUUCAGAGAACCUAUCAUUCUUGACAAAAUCCCUAAACCAGUACCAGGCUGGACAAAACCUAUCGUCAUUGGAAGACAUGCUUUCGGAGAUCAAUAUCGAUCAACAGAUUUCAUCUCUCCAGGUCCAGGAAAACUCACCCUCACUUACACCCCUGCAGACGGAGGUAAAGCAACCGAGAUGACCGUAUAUGACUUCAAAGGAAAGGGUGUAGCUUUAGCAAUGUAUAACACCGAUGAGUCAAUCUACGGAUUCGCUCAUGCGAGCUUCAAAAUGGCCUUGAGCAAAGAGAUGCCCUUAUUCAUGUCUACCAAGAACACAAUUCUGAAGAAAUACGAUGGUCGAUUCAAGGAUAUCUUCCAAGAGGUAUAUGAGUCGACUUACCAAGCCGACUUUGAGAAAGCUGGUCUUUAUUACGAACACAGAUUAAUCGAUGACAUGGUCGCUCAAGCUAUCAAAUCAUCAGGCGGAUUCGUCUGGGCAUGUAAAAACUACGAUGGAGAUGUCAUGAGUGAUAUCCUCGCACAAGGAUUUGGUUCUUUGGGAAUGAUGACUUCUGAGCUCAUCACACCUGAUGGAAAGACUAUGGAGGCAGAGGCUGCUCACGGAACAGUCACUCGACAUUAUAGACAAUACCAAAAAGGAGAAGAGACUUCCACAAACCCCGUAGCGUCAAUCUUCGCAUGGACUCGUGGUUUGGCUUUCAGGGCAAAACUAGAUGAUACGCCUGCACUUGGUGAAUUUGCGAAAUCACUCGAGGAAGCUUGUGUUGAAGUUAUUGACAAAGACAAUAUCAUGACAAAAGACCUUGCAUUAGCAAUGAAAGGGAAAGCUAUGGGAAGAUCGGACUGGGUCACAACAGAUGUGUACAUGAAGAAAGUGGAAGAGAGGUUAAUCGAGAAGCUUAAGGCUAGAAUAUAA